AUGCGUGUAAGCACCAUCUUCACAGCCCUAACAGCGGCCGCCACCGCGCUGGCCCAGAUCCCCUCCUCCAAGCGUUUCGAUCUAUCAACGCCCUCCCACGACCUCUGGCGACACAAGAAAACCGCCGCCUCCACCGUGCAGCAAUCCAUCACCUUCGACAACGUCAACCGCCGGCUCUUCAUCGUCAACCGCCGCGACGGCACAAGCACCACCUCGGGCGACCUCACCAUCAGCGAGGUCGAUUUCUCAGGGAAGCUGCUCGGAUCCAUGGACCUGAUUGCAUGCGGGCACGGGGUGAAUAUCGCCGCCGAGCCCGUCGGCAAGGACACAUAUAUCUGGUCUGAGACGGACGCUGCGAAGAGCGGCUACGGGACGGCGCUGUGGCGGUUUAAGUUCGAGGACGGCAAGACGCUGGAUAGUUCCAAGGACGACAGGGAGCGGAUUAAGCCGCUGGACGACAAGUUCGAGCGCGGCACGGCGACGAUUGAUCCCGUCUAUGAGCGGUUUGCUGUGCGGUAUCAGCACGAGGGGAAGAUGAAUAUUGCUGUUUGGCCGCUUGACGAGGCGAAGGAGGGCAAUUUCUCGAGCCCGCUGGUUGAUUGGGAGAUUCCGGAUGUUAAGGAGGAUCUGGGUGCGAUGACGGGCGUGAACCAGGGGUAUGCUGUGUAUGGACGGUAUCUUUAUAUUCUCACCGGGGAGUCGUAUGAGGCGAGUGGGGGGGAGCUCAACUCGGAGGUCUUGUCGAUGGAUUUGAAUACUGGGAAGCUGGUCCAGGGCCCUGUUGUCACCAAGGCUGGGUCGACGCUGGAGUUUCGUGAGCCUGAGGGUCUGGCGAUAUACAAGACUGAGGACGGUGAGGCGCGUUUCUUCUUGGGCUUUUCGUCUGGGAAGGCUGGUGAUCGCCGCAGUAAUUUGUUCUAUAAGAACGUGUUGGUAUAG